ACGACAUUAUUCAGUGUAACAAAUCAUACGCAUGCGCAGUUAUCCAUAGCUGUUGGCAGUGCAGGCUAAGCAUGGAGACUUGAGUAGUUUGCUACUGUACAGUUUUUGCAGUUAAAACACUGGCUGUAUUUUGUAGUGGGGCAAACGGACGAACUUUGCACAUGUUAAACUACUGAAUUACUGAAGAGUUUUCUACCAAGAUAAACAGCAAAACCGUGAAAAGCGUGAGGCAGCGUUAGCAUGUUUAGCGUUUGUUUUGCUAGCUAAAUACAGCGUUAGCUAUGUACGUCACUUAAACGCUUAAUUUCUCAGCUUGUUCCCCUAAAUAAUAUUUUAAACACGUCGCGAGUUGCUGCACAAAUCUGUUAAAUUGAUUUUUUGCUGUCUUUAACGCGUUACUAAUUUAGCUGAAUCUUUAUAAUCACACUUAACGACACUCAGUGUCUGCAGGUUAUUUGUGACUCGCACAAUAAUGUGACUGCGGUCUUGUGAGAGCAGAGAAUGGACAGAAACUUAUUGAGGCAGUGUCUGACGUUUCAUGGAGAGUCGUUAUUGAACAAGCUGAGAUGUGAACAAGCAGAAAACCCAGACUUCCAAGCGGCGGCGUCUGAGCUGUGCAAGGCCACGUAUGAAAGCAGGGUUGAAGUGCAAAGUAACCCCCUUGUGGAGCAGUUCAUUGCCAGGAAGGCCGACAUCCUGUUCUGUCCAGCAUGGAAGACCGCCACUCUUCAAGAAGAGGAGCACGAGGAGGAGGAGGCUGCAGAACCUUGUGCCAUCAUGCCACCAGCGGAGUUUUUCAUGGAGGUUUCCUAUGAUGAAAGAAGAGCCAUGCUGUACAGGGACCUGGAAAGAGGAGACCUUGUGGUGGGGAGGAUCAAUAACAUUAGAGAAUAUGGCUUCUUUCUCACUCUACUUUGCAUGGCAGGAGGACUGAAGAGAGACAUUGAAGACCUAGAGUUGUCGGCUCUAUGUCACAUCAGAGAAAUUCCCUCCACUGGCAGCCAUGAUGAUCCUCUGUCCUACUACCAGAUUGGGGACUUCAUCAGAGCUGGAGUGAAAGACAUCGACCGUUACCAAGAGAAAAUCACAGUGUCCCUCCACCAGGCCUCUCUUUCACCCAGCUUGGAGCACAUUAAACUGGGAGUCAUUACUAGGGAGGAGCUGCCCAUACACUACAGUCGAAGUGUGCGUGCAGCCAGUGACUCCAGUGUGACAUAUGAGUGUAUUCUGAUGGGUUGCCAUGGUUACCACAACCCCUCUGUUGUGGACUACCUGCUGGAGAAGGUGGGAGUUAGCGACACCCACCCUCCGUCAAUGAUGAGAGGACUACAGAGUAAACUUUUCAAAGAAGACGAUUUUGCCUCUGCAAUCCGGAAGAAACAGUCUGCGUCCUGGGCCCUGAAGUGUGUCCGUGCUGGUGUGGAUCACUUCAAGCAUGGUCGUCAUGUUGAAGCCAUGAAUGAAUACAACAAAGCCUUGGAUAUCGACACUAAUAACGUAGAAGCGCUGGUGGCUCGGGGAGCUCUAUAUGCUAACAAAGGCAGCAUCAUGAAGGCUGUAACAGACUUUGAAUUGGCCCUGGAGAACUGUCCAGAUCACCGCAACGCCAAGAAGUACCUCUGCCAGACACUGGUGGAGAGAGGAAAACAGCUUGAGGAACAGGAGAAACUAGUAACAGCAGAGGGACUGUACAGGAGAGCUCUGUCCCUAGAUGAUUCAAACCCUGAGGCACAGGAAGCCCUACACAAGAUCACAGAAACUAUACAGAAAUCAAUUCGCCUGCGAGAAGAAGCGUUGGCUAAGGAGCAGGAGAAAGCAAAGAGCGUCCCGACGAGUGCUGAGAAAUUGCGUAAGAUCUUAAAAGAGGAGAAGAGGAUGAAGAGAAAAAGGAAGAGAUCGGCUUCUUCCUCUUCAUCGUCCUCCUCUGCCUCCAGGAACUCCUCCUCUUCGUCGUCUUCCUCCUCUCGCAGGAGGUCCAAAAAGAAGAAAAAGAAACGGAGGAGGUCCGAGCGGGAAAGCAAGCGCCAUCGGAGGGUCUCCUCAAGGGAGAGCCGGAAGAGUGAGGAGGGUAAGAACGAGAAAGAAAGGAAGGAGAGAGAGGAGGAAGAGGAGUUGGAGUGGUACCCUGCACCUCCCAACACCUCUGCCACCUUUCUCAACCAGAAGGGAGGUCCAGGUUUUGGAGAGAGGGAUGAGGAGGAGGAGGAGGAGGUAGAGGAGAAGAUAAAGGAGAAAGAUGGAGAAGACAGAAGGAUCUCUCAGCUUUACUCUUUGUCAGCAGCCUCAGAGGAUGAAGAGUCCAACUCCUCACGUAGGGAAAGGAAGAAAGGGGACAGAGAGGGGAGCAGGGGAAGGAGAAGGAAAAGCACAUUGAGUAGAAGCCCAGAAAGAGAGGAGAGGAGGAGCAGGAGUAGAGAGAGGAGGGAUGUGAAGGAUAGGAGAAACAGUGACUCCAAGAGGAGAAGCAGCUUAGAUGAGAACAGGAAGCGAAAAGUAUCCUGCUCGUCGGUUGAAUCCGAGUAUUCCCGGAAAUCUAAUCUCAAACCGGAAUAUCCAGGAAACUCCGGUUCUGCCUCCAAACACUUGGAGAGCAGGAGACGAAGUGACUCUUCCCAGAGAAGCUUCUUCAACGGCGGUAGGUAUGAGAACAAAGGGCGGGAAGAAAUUUGGGAGGGAGACGAGGUGAAAACGGAGAAGGAAAGCAGAAAGAGGAGAGCGGAGGAGGAGAGCAGAAGUGGCAGCAGGUCAGACGGAGGGCACGGUAAAAGACUGGACGGCGGCAUGACCUCAGUGCCGGGAGAGAGGCCAAAAAAAGAGCUUCCUGCUAACCUGUUGGAUAUUUUUAACCAGAUCGCCCAGUUUGAGAAGGAGAAAGGAGUCAAGCCAAAAAAGUAACUCCCAAGAAUAUGCCCGAUACAAAUAAACUGAUGUGUGCAGAGAAUCAAGGGAAAGUUUUAUGGAAGGAAAUCAGCAAAAUGGAUGAUUGUCCCAUGAAUUCACUCUCCUGAUACAGCUGAACCAAUGGCUAAAUGUGUUGCUGCUUAAAUGUCCCAGUUGUUGCAAGUUACCUUCAAUGUCGGAGAAAAAAAAAAAGUCAUUUUCCUUACACGUGUCUGUGCUAAUUGCUUCAUAAUAGCUGGUCAAAAUGUAAUAAAAUGUUCAUCUGAAUGGGUUGAAACUGUAACUUCAACUAAGAAAAUACUUUUGCAACUGAUGUGAUAACGUUGUAACUGGUGAUUAUUAGCAUAAUUUAAGAGUCCGCUAAUCAUAUCUUAUUGAUUUCGAUAUAAUAAUUAAAGAUGAGAUUAUCAAUGACCCCAUAGUUUACAUUUUUAGUCAGUAUUAUUAAAUUAUCUGUGAUAAUCUCCCCAUUUCGUUGGCCAUUUUGUUUACAUUUUGACGAGUUUUCACAUUCAGCACUUCUGACACCACGAGUUGCUUCAGUCUUUAAGAUAACCGUUGUUUUGUCUUCAUCUUACGUUGAGACAUGUUUCUGUAAAGAAGAUAUACUGCCUUAUGUCUACUGCCUUGUGCCAUUUUGAGCUUUCUUUCUCUGGAUUGUUAAACCUCUUCACAAACAACCUGACUGUUAGUACGUCGGUACUUUUUCCAGCUUUACACAAUACAGUUGCUCCAGUUGUAUUGCAGCACCUUUUCUCCUGUAGUAAAAUGAACUCAGAGUCAAUAAAGCAUUUACAAUGUCAGAA